AGUAAGUGAUGAAUCAAUUGUACACGACUGAAAUCUGUCUCUAAAAUCAAUAAACUUUAAUAAGCAAAAAAUGAUGAAAAUUGUAUAAAUCAAGACAAGUCUGCCUUAUGGUUUAUACCUGGCGAUUCGUACAUUAGUUGGCAGUUAACUGUGUAUUCUUGGAUACCUCGCUUUAAAGAAAGGACUUGAUUUUGUUGGUCAUUUAAACGUUUCAACCGAUUCGAAAAGAACAUGAAUAAGUUUAUAAUGUCAUCGGCGGUCCUAGUUUUACUCGUAGUAUAUCUAGAAAUCUCAAAAGCAACGCUUUUGAAAAGAAGUCUUAAGAAAGAAGCAAGGUCUUUCAAAACGUCAGCUGAGAAAAUAGAGGGAUCACCUUUGGAUAAGUCCACGAAACGUUCAGUUCAGACUAACAACCCGAAUGGAAUGCUCGAAGGAUACUUCAAAUGUGAUAACCACACUGAGUGCCCAGAGGGUUAUGCGUGCUUGCUCCCUGGCUUCGGGGAAGCCAACACAAUAGCGGAAAUGAAAUGCUUCAAGUGUAACUGUUCUGAACCCAGCCAAUGUUAUCAUAGACGUAAUCAUAGCAAAACUUGCAAGGGACCAGGCCGAUGUAAUUAUGAACAUAAACGUUUGUUUUGUGACUGUUCGGACAACGGAUUCACUGGCGAAUUUUGCGAAACAAAUAUUGAUGACUGUGCCACAGACCCCUGUGAUAAUAAUGGAACCUGUGUUGACGGUAUUAAUAAUUAUACGUGCACAUGUCAACCGGAUACUACUGGUAGAAAUUGUGAACAUAUAAUUGAUGACUGUGCCACAGACCCCUGUGAUAAUAAUGGUACCUGUGUUGACGGUAUUAAUAAUUAUACGUGCAUAUGUCCACCAGAUACUACUGGUAGGAAUUGUGAACUGACUUGUCCUACUGACUGGAUAAUGUACAUGGGUAGUACCUGUUUAUUUUUUAGUACCGACGAAACUACAUGGGAUGGUGCCAAUGCAGCCUGUCAAGCGAAAGGUGCCGCUCUAGCUGAAAUAUAUGAUGCAGACAAAGAUGCCUUUUUCUUGGCUGAAGCGGAAAAAAGGAGCGAUCGCUAUUUUUGGCUAGGAGCAACUGACAGGGCUGUUGAAGGCACUUUCGUGUGGAACUCUGGUGCACCGUGGGGCUAUACAAAUUGGAUACCUACGAACCCUGACAACUUUUAUAACGAGGAUUGUUUACACGCUUACUGGAGACCUAGCCGUAUAGGCUGGAAUGACUGGAGUUGUAAUAAUAUAGGGGCCUACCUGUGCGAGAAAGAACCUUCUGAGGCAUAAGACACGGACAAGAAGACCUUUGAAAGAUUAGACUAAGGAAUAUGCUGCUUUUCCAUCAAUGAAACGAAGAAAUGAAAUGAUAAUGAGAUGAUUAUAAAACGUGUCUAAUAAAAAACAUCUUGAUUUAA